GAGGCAGCAAGGGAGGGGUUGCUGCUACCGACAUAAUUACAAUACAGAGCAGUGAACUAUCUGUAGACUAACUUAACCAGAGACGUUUCUGUUCCACUCGACUGUGCCCAGAUACUCUACUUUCUAAAUGCUAGAUAUCUGUCUGUGGCGUUGAGGGGAAAGCGCAUGUUUAAUGGCAUUUUGGAAGUCUCCGCGGCGCUCUCCGGGUAGAAGAGGAGGCAUUACGGCGCGAGUUAGCUAACGUUAGCUCGCUAACAAGGAUCUUCAGAGUCGGAAGAAGAGUUGUGCAGGGGGAGUCCCACUGAACUGACUCAGUAGAUAAAGAUGCCAGAUAAGGUGAACGUCUCAACUUGGUUAAUGUUUUAGCUGGCUGACAUGGCUGUCUAACAGAAUGCCAAAGAUCUCUUCAUGGAUCACAGAGGACAACAAAGAGACCACUGCAUCUGUGAGCAUAGCCAAUAACUAGGAAACCUGACCUACAAGCAUAUCAUCAGACUGACGUCAGUGCAUGUGGCCUCCUACGUUGUUCAUAGACUUCUGUUGGGCAGCCCAAAGGCCUAUUGCUAUGCACUAUAAACGGAAAGACAUGAGCUGUGGGGAUGCUGGUAGGCGCAGGCUUCUUUCGUGCAGGACUAUCCCUCUGGUAAUAGGGCUUCUUGUGACCAUGGCUCAGGGCGCUGUGCCAGAACAGCAAGGGACACUUGUGGAGAUAAUAUCUGUGGAACUAGAGGCUUCUAUGCAGUCCUCUGUGCUCUCUGAGCUCCAGGCUGCAGCAUCUUCAGUUGGUGAGGGGCCGCCUACAGCUAUCCCAGAUUCCUCUGCAAAGAAUGGGCCAGUGCACACUGGCAUCCCUGACUCCUCUGCAAUCGUGGGCCAGGUGUUCCAGUUGAAGGUACCUCCAGGACCUGCCAAUGCAACCUGUAUUGUCAAUCUUACUGAAAUGGGAAAGGAGACUUUACCCUCUUGGCUAUUUUGGGACAAAGAAAGCUGCAUUUUGAGAGGCUUGGCCCUGGAGCAGGAUAAAGGUGUGUAUCAUAUCUUGGUGUCUGGAGAGGAGAUAAUUGAGAAGACUGGCAGCCAAGUGUUCCCCAGCACGGUCUUCUCUAUUGAAGUGUACCCAGAAGAACGGGCAGACACUGAGCCAGCCCUGCUCACUCUGCAAUCUGAUAUCAGUGGCAUCCAGCCUUUCACCUGUGGCUCUGAGGAGCUUGUCACUGUCCUCACGGUCAUCUUGGAUGCUGACUUGACAAAGAUGGUUGCUGAACAGAGGGUCAACCUACUGGGCGUUAUGAGAAAAUUCUCUCAUGUGCCCCUGGAGCACAUGAGGGUGGUCCCUGUUGUCAACAACCGCUUAUUUGACAUGUCUGCUUUCAUGGCUGGACCAGGGAAUGCCAAGAAGGUGGUGGAAAAUGGGGCCCUACUGUCAUGGAAACUGGGAUGUGCCCUUGACCAGGGCAGUAUCCCUGACAUUUACAGUGUCCAAUCUUCAGCAAAGGAUGGGAACAUGUCAGCCAGGCUGGGAUACCCAGUGGUUGGCUGGCACAUUGUCAACAAAAAGCCCCAUGGAGUGAAACGGGUCAGACGGCAGUUGUACAAUACUCCUACUCCAGUGCCCUCCCUGCUUCCUCCGACUACUCACCCAGAACCCCCUGUACGUGUUGUUCCCACCCCAACUUCGCCCUCUAUUGCCCCAGCAACCGAAAACUCUGCUCCCCCUGUCCGAGGCCCUUUGCCGCUUCCAGUGAAGCCUACUAUGAGGGUCAGAGAUCAGAUAGCCCAUACACCUGUGUCUGGACCUCCCCAACCCACAAGAGUACUAGGAACUACAAGCACCAUCCCUAUUCAGCCAACCAUGACCCGGCCUACAUUUGUGGAGGCCACUGCUUUGCCAACACCACCAAGCACCACCAAAAGACCCAAACCCCCUGCUACAAGAAAACCUAAGAAACCCAAAACCUCCACCCCAGCUCCCCGGGAACCCAAAUCCACCACACCUAAACCGCCGAAGCGUACUACUCCUCUCUCUUUGACUCCAGACUCAAAUCAAACCCCAGAAAUCCGCAACGCCAUUGAUCAGGUGAAUACAUGGGUUGGCACAUACUUUGAGGUUAAAAUUCCUCCUGAUACAUUCUUUGACAGGGAGGAUGGUACUACUGAUAAGCUGCGCUUGACUUUGAAGAGGACCCCCAAAGAACCAGUGAGUGAAACAUCUUGGAUACAAUUCAACAGCACUAUCCAGCUUUUGUACGGCCUCCCAGAAGAGCAGCAUGAGGGGAAACAUGAGUAUUUUAUGUUGGCCACUGAUAAGGGUGGGAAGAGCAUCAUGGAUGCAUUUGAGGUUCAAGUCAACCGUUGGUCUACCAAUGACAAACCAUCAGUUGUGUUUGCAGCUCGUUUCCAUGGCGACCCUAAAACAUUAAGCAAUGAUGUACAUAAGAAGAUUCUUCUGACCAAAAAGUUAGCUUAUGCCCUUGGUGAUCGCAACAGCAGCACUGUAACCCUUAGAAGCAUCACAAGAGGCUCUAUUGUGGUGGAAUGGACCAACAACAGUCUCCAACAGAGUCCUUGUCCAAAGGACCAGAUCACAGUACUCAGCAACAGGAUCUCUGAUCCCCAAGGGACACCUAAACUGGCCUUCAUCAAAGCCAUGGAGCCUGACUUCAAACCCAUUAACAUCUCCAUUCGUGGCACCAAUAAAUGUCAGAGCUACACGUUCAUCCCACCAGGAGAGGUGCCAAUGCCUGUUCUUCCUACAGCCACACCUUCGCCUGGGACGGGUCGUAGGAGCAGUGAUGAUGUGUACCUACACACUGUCAUUCCUGCUGUAGUGGUAGCUGCCCUGCUGCUCAUAGCCGGGAUCAUUGCCAUGGUCUGCUACCGAAAAAAGCGCAAAGGGAAGAUGACCAUAGAGGAGCAGGCCACUUUCAUCAAGAAAGGAGUCCCCAUAAUAUUUGCAGAUGAGUUGGAUGAUUCCAAGUCGCCCCCGUCCUCCAGCAUCCCUCUCAUCCUUCAGGAAGAAAAGCCCCCACUUCCCCCUCCAGAGUAUCCUAACAUGGCUGGCCCCCACAGUACCCUGCUUAACCAGGAUCUGCUGGAGGAUUAUUCUGUUUAUCAAGAUGAUGAUCCUAAUGCACCCCCUUACCAGCCCCCACCACCAUUUACUGUCCCCAUAGAGGGUAAAGGCUCUCGCCCCAAGAACAUGACCUCAUACCGGUCACCACCUCCCUAUGUGCCUCCCUAACGCACACUAUAGCUUUCAGUUUGGAAAGCAAAUUUAGGGAUGCUUGUUGAAAACUACUACAGGAGUAAUUUUACAUGUGUUUGAUGAAAUGGCUUUGACUUUGUAGAGGAGCAGGCAACCAUACCCACAUAUUUGACCAUUAUGGAUAAGACACUGUAUUGUACAAUUCUACUACUGGCACAGGGAAAAUGGAUUGGGGGGGAAAGGUUUGUUAUUCAGCACUCUCUUUUUUUUUUUUUGUCCAUCUGAUCUGCUUUUGACUUCUUGCAUAUUCAUUUUUUUUUUUUUUUGUCUGUUUUUGCCAAGAAGAGUCAAUUUUAUCUUCAAUGAUGUACUAUUUCUAUUGUAUAGAAAAUAAUAAAGAAGCAGGAAAGACUGAUGCCCGCAGGGCCUUUUGAGCAGAUGUCACCAUGACAACAGACUUGAGGCUCUCCCUCACAAUGUUAAUCUUUAUGAGUUUCUAUAUCGCUCUUAUCUGUCCUUCGGCUAGGUUUACUAAGAUUUUGCACCUGUUAUUUCUAGAGGGGAAUGAAUACAAAAAGCCAAACUGAAAGCAUGAAACACUUUAUUUACACAAAAAUCUGUUUGUUUCUUAGACUUUGAUCUCCUUGUUCUCUCCUCUGCUUUGCUCCCUCUUGACAAUAACAUGCAAUCCUUGCACUUAUGCAAAUUCUUGUUAAACCUUGCACUAUGUGUCUUGCACAUAAUUCAACACAGUGAGUGGUAGUCCAAUAAGGAAAAAAGAUUGUUUUCUUUUUAUAUCCUUGAACUCACCAUGUGAUUCCUCUGGUACUUGAUCACAAAGGACAAUACACUGAACACGCCUGUUGUAGAUGUAGCCUAAUUAAGUUACAAAACAAAUAAUGAUUAUUUUUUUUUGUUGCUUUUGUUAAUGUGUGUGCCACUGAAACCUGCCUGUGAGAUGACUGGUUUUGCUGUUGCCAAGGUGAUGUCUGUGGUCGCAAGGCAAACCAGUGUGGGGUUGCUGCAACAAUGAGUGGGCCAAUGGAAUGCUGUGGUUCACAGCAGGGUGAGAAUUGGCGACAUAGUCAAUGAGGUAGAUCCACCGUCUUAUAUUGAGUUGGUUUUGUUA